AUGUCUAGCCCCUUUGCUGUUAGCAGCCCUGCAUUGAUAGCGCCCGCCCGACUACGUUUGGAAGGACAGGGAGAAGGUUCAGACUCUGGCUCAGGCUCAGAGUCUGAGAUGAGUGCCGGCCCAAAUACAGUAACAGGACGCCACAAGCGAGACAUAAUGCCAUGUACAUGGAAGGAGCGACUCAGCGGUCCGGCUGUACCUGCAGGAAAAGCGGGUGACGGGAAGGGCUUAUGGGCACCAGAUGCCAAGUAUGCACUAGCUGAUGUCAUACCCGUUCUUCCUGUCGAGAUGACGCAAGACUCCGAGAGAUCUGCAAGAUCAGCGGCACGACGGGGUCUGGGUUCUGGGAUCGGUGCGGGACAAGCAUGGGAAUCGUGUGCACAUGUUGGUCUAUUCCUACACUAA